GGUCUAAUAUUUUUGAGUGGGAAGGAAUCUGAGGAACACAGCUUGCUCAGAAGAUAAAGCUUGUGGCUGUCAUUGUGCCAGUAUUCAUCCAAGUGGAGUGGCAGCAGUGUAAAUAAGUAGUAUUAGCACAGGUGGAGUAGACUGCAUCAUUGUCAAUCAUAUCAGCACAGGUGGAGCAGCUAGCUCUCAGGUGCAGUAGCCUACCCUCCGUGCAUUAGCACCAGGCCACUACAACCCCCAGCAUCUGCAAGGUGCCUUAUCGCUCUCAUUAUCUCGGCAGAGAACUGUGUCCUCCAGAGAUCGUGUUUGUUUUCGUUUGUGCCCAUGAUUGCUGAGCCAGUUCUCCAAUUGCUAUAGACAAUUCCUCCUCAUCAUCAUCACAGUCACUCCCAUCCCCAGCGCCUUGCUCUCUGCAGCUCUCUCCUCCUCUCUCCGUCACCUGUUGGAAGACCCGUGCUGUCUCAUACCCCCAGACAGUCUCUCUGGAAACCCCUGAGACUGUCUAAAGGGGUCUUACCAGGAGAAAUCUAUGAUUAGUUCGGUGUGCGUCUCAUCUUACCGUGGACGAAAGUCUGGGAACAAACCCCCCUCCAAAACAUGUCUGAAGGAGGAGAUGGCAAAGGGGGAAGACUCUGGCAAGAUUACCAUCAAUGUAGGGGGCACCCGGCAUGAGACCUAUAGGAGCACCUUGAGGACGCUGCCUGGCACUCGCCUGGCAUGGUUGGCGGACCCUGACACCUCCAGUCACUUGGAUAUUGACACGGAAGAAAACGAGUUCUUCUUUGAUAGGCACCCAGGUAUCUUCUCCUAUGUCCUCAACUACUACCGCACAGGAAAGCUGCACUGCCCAGCGGACAUCUGUGGACCUCUGUUUGAAGAGGAGUUGGCAUUCUGGGGCAUUGAUGAGACAGAUGUGGAGCCCUGUUGCUGGAUGACAUAUAGACAGCACCGGGAAGCCGAGGAGGCUUUGGAUAUUUUUGAAAAUGUAGAACCUGAAGAUGGUGAUGAGGAGAAGGACUCCACACCAGAGUUACUGUGUAUAGAGGAGAGGCCAGACAGGUCCAGAGGUCGGUGGAAGAGAUGGCAGUCCAAGAUGUGGGCACUGUUUGAGGAUCCCUAUUCAUCUAAAGCUGCUAGGGUAGUGGCCUUUAUUUCUCUUUUCUUCAUCCUGUUGUCUAUUACCACUUUCUGCUUGGAGACCCACGAGGCUUUUAUUGUGGACAGAAAUGUAACAGAACUGGUCAUUGUGGGAAAUGUGACGGAAACUUUAGUGGUAAAGGAGAUGAAAACAGACCCUGUUUUGACUUACAUAGAGGGAGUUUGUGUUUUUUGGUUCACAUUGGAAUUCAUUGUCCGAAUUACCUGCUGCCCAGAUAAGUUGGUCUUUGUGAAGAACCUACUGAACAUCAUAGACUUUGUGGCAAUUCUACCAUUUUACCUCGAAGUGGGUCUCAGUGGCUUGUCAUCCAAAGCUGCAAGGGAUGUUCUUGGCUUUUUACGUGUAGUUCGCUUUGUCCGGAUUUUACGUAUAUUCAAACUGACAAGACAUUUUGUUGGACUACGAGUUUUAGGGCACACUCUUCGUGCCAGCACAAAUGAGUUUCUGCUUCUAAUCAUCUUUUUAGCUUUAGGGGUUCUAAUUUUUGCCACCAUGAUCUAUUAUGCUGAACGAAUAGGUGCAAAGUCUUCAGACCCAACUGGAAGCAACCACACACACUUCAAGAACAUUCCCAUAGGAUUCUGGUGGGCAGUGGUAACCAUGACUACACUUGGGUAUGGGGAUAUGUAUCCACAGACCUGGUCUGGCAUGCUGGUGGGGGCUUUGUGUGCCCUAGCUGGAGUGCUUACUAUCGCAAUGCCUGUUCCAGUCAUUGUGAAUAAUUUUGGAAUGUAUUAUUCUCUUGCUAUGGCCAAACAAAAGCUUCCAAAGAAGAAAAAGAAACAUGUCCCUAGGCCUAUUCAGCUGGACUCUCCAACUACUGCUAAAUCUGAAGACACUUCACAUCGUAACAGCACCCAAAGUGAAUCCUGCCCAUUGGCUGGUGAGGAUGCCACUGAAAAGAGGACAGAUUCUAAGCAAAACGGGGACGCCAACACAGUAAUGUCAGAUGAGGAUCAUGAAGACCCACCUAGAUUUCCACCGAUAGAAGAUAAGAGAAUUAUUCGUCGAGCCAGUGCCAAAGACAAAAACAAGUCAGGGGCCUCUUGCUUUCUUCUGAGUUCUGGAGAUUAUACUUGUGCUGCUGAUGGAGGAAUAAAGAAAGGUAUACGAGAUAUAGAUAUAGAGAUGGACUCACAGAUUCUCCUAGGUUCCUCAUGAAAUAAAUACAUAAUAUUUUUGACCUGGAUGUAUAAUAACUCUCAAUUUCAUAGUCUUCCCAUAGAAAAUUAAUGACAACGACAUAGGUGAAGUGUUACAAUUUGUCUCUGGUCACCUGUGUGGUAAAAUGUUUCUUAUUUGUAUCUUUAUCUUUAAAGGAAA